AUGGCAGCUCCGGUGAAAGCAACCCUGGCUCUCUUGGUUCUCACCGUGGCAACUGUCCUGUGUGCGGAGGUGGAGGAACGUUUGGUGAAUCACCUGUUGUCACCGGAGCGCUACAACAAACUCAUUAGGCCAGCUGUCAACACCAGCCAGCAGGUCACCAUUUACAUCCAGGUGUCUCUAGCCCAGCUGAUCAAUGUGAAUGAGAGGGAGCAGAUCAUGACCACCAACUGUUGGCUCACUCAGGGCUGGAAUGACUACAGAUUAAUGUGGGAUCCUGAAGAGUACGAGGGAAUCAAGAAAAUCCGACUCCCGUCACAACACAUCUGGCUGCCUGACAUUGUCCUUUACAACAAUGCUGAUGGCACCUAUGAAGUCUCCUUUUACUCCAAUGCUGUGGUCUCCAAUAAUGGCGAAGUGGCCUGGCUCCCACCAGCGAUCUACAAGUCGGCCUGUAAAAUCGAAGUCCGUGAUUUCCCCUUUGACCAGCAGAACUGCACUCUCAAAUUUCGUUCUUGGACCUAUGACCACACAGAGAUUGAUCUCAUCCUCCUCAGUGAUUAUGCCUCACGUGAUGACUUCAAACCCAGUGGUGAGUGGGAUAUUGUUUCACUGCCUGGACGCAAGAAUGAAGACCCUAAUGAUAUCAGAUACCUGGAUAUUACCUAUGACUUUAUUAUCAAGAGAAAACCGCUCUUCUACACCAUCAACCUGAUCAUUCCCUGCAUCCUGAUCACAUCACUGGCUAUUCUUGUGUUUUACCUCCCAUCAGACUGUGGUGAGAAGAUGACUCUUUGUAUUUCAGUCCUCCUGGCCCUGACUGUGUUUUUACUCCUUAUCUCAAAGAUUGUGCCACCUACGUCUCUAGCAGUGCCUCUGAUUGGGAAGUACCUAAUGUUUACAAUGGUGCUGGUCACCUUCUCUAUUGUCACCAGCGUUUGUGUGCUCAAUGUGCACCAUCGGUCACCCAGUACGCACACCAUGCCUCCUUGGGUCAAGCGUGUCUUUCUGUAUCGGCUUCCCUCUUUCCUCUUCAUGCGGAGACCCGGUAGCUCUAACAUCCGUGAACGAUUCCGGAAAAAGCACCAGAAGCAAAAGUACUCUGACCAGAAGCGGUGUGGAGCAGAGGGUGGAAGUGGAAGUUCCACUGCAAUGGCUGAUUCCUCCUCAUCCUUCUUUGUUAAUGAGGAGUCGGCCAAACACUAUGGCUGGAGGGUCAGUGACUUGUCAGAGAACACAGAGUUCAGGAAGAGGAUGACCUUGAAGAGCAACAUUGAUGUGGAAGAUGCAGUUGAUGGAGUACGCUAUAUUGCUGAGAAGAUGAAGAGUGAGGAUGAUGACGAAGGGAUCAUUGAAGACUGGAAAUAUGUGGCGAUGGUGAUUGACCGUCUUUUCCUGUGGAUCUUUGUGUUUGUGUGUGUAGUUGGGACAAUGGGCCUCUUCAUGCAGCCUCUUUUUCAGAGUUAUAACACCCCCAUUAUUGAGGACAUAGAGCAUAAUUCUGAAACUUGAACCUUCAUUGUGACCUGACCCAGAAGUGGCUUUUUAU